UUCAGGCUGAGAUGUUUGGUGAAACAGUUGGAGAGAGGUGAGGCUUCUGUUGUCGACUUGAAGAAAAACCUAGAAUAUGCUGCAUCCGUUUUGGAAUCUGUCUACAUUGAAGAAACGAGGCGGUUGGUGGAUACAGAAGAUGAGCUCAGUGACAUCCAGUCCGACUCUGUUCCCUCAGAAGUGCGUGACUGGCUGGCGUCAACUUUCACACGUCAGAUGGGGCUGAUGUUGAGACGGUCGGAGGAGAAGCCACGAUUUCGCAGCAUCGUGCACGCGGUGCAAGCAGGGAUAUUUGUGGAAAGGAUGUACCGACGGACCUCCAACAUGGUGGGGCUGAGCUAUCCGCCCAGCGUGAUCACGGCCUUGAAGCAUGUGGACACAUGGUCGUUUGACGUCUUCACACUGAAUGAUGCCAGCGGAGAUCAUGCACUGAAAUUUAUUUUUUAUGAACUUCUCACCAGAUAUGACUUAAUCAAUCGCUUUAAGAUCCCCGUUUCUGCUCUGGUGUCUUUUGUGGAGGCCUUGGAGGUGGGCUACAGCAAACACAGAAACCCUUACCACAACCUAAUCCACGCCGCAGACGUCACCCAGACAGUGCAUUACCUCCUGCUCAAGACCGGCAUGGUUCACUGGUUAACCGAGUUGGAGAUCUUCGCUAUGCUGUUUGCCGCUGUUGUGCAUGAUUACGAACAUACCGGCACCACCAACAACUUCCACAUACAGACCAGAUCCGACACAGCCAUACUAUACAAUGACCGUGCCGUACAGGAAAACCACCAUGUGAGCUCUGCAUAUCGCCUUCUGCAGGAAGACGAUGAAAUGAACAUCCUCUACAAUUUGUCGAAAGAUGACUGGAGAGAAUUGCGGGCCCUUGUAGUCGAGAUGGUCCUGGCCACUGACAUGACCUGUCACUUCCAGCAGAUUAAAGCCAUGAAGAACUUCCUCCAGCAGCCAGAAGCGAUCGAUAAACCCAAGGCCUUAUCCCUGUUACUGCACACCGCUGACAUCAGCCACCCUGCCAAAAACUGGAACAUGCACCACCGCUGGACCACCUCACUGCUGGAGGAGUUCUUCAGACAGGGCGAUAAGGAGUCAGAGCUUGGGCUUCCUUUUUCUCCUUUAUGUGACCGCAAGUCUACCAUGGUGGCCCAGUCUCAGAUCGGUUUCAUUGAUUUCAUCGUGGAGCCCACCUUUACUGUGCUGACAGACAUGAUUGAGAAAGUCGUGACUCCGCUGAUCGAAGAAACCUCACCCUCCGGCCUGGCUGGAUUCAGGCGGUCCAGUCUGAAUAACAUCCCGUCAGAUGGUAAACGGUCUACUGUUAGAAGCACUGGUUCGGAGGGCGGCACUUCCCUGAACUGCUCCGUAAACGCUGUCGAUUUUAAGACCUUCAAAAGCACCUGGAAUGAGGAAGUGCAUAUAAACAGAGAAAAAUGGAAAGCACAAGCCGCAAAAGAUCUGGAAGAGAAGGCCAAACAAGAAGAGAACGAGGAGAAAGAUAAUAAAACCGACACAGACACACAAAGCGGUGACAGCAAAGGCGAUAAUACUAAAAAAGAAGACAAAAUCAACACGGAAGACACAAGACAAGAGAAGGAUUCAAAGACAGAUCGAGAAGCUGCUGUCAAUAACAAGGAGCCAACAGAGCAACAGCCUAGAGAGGAAGAGGGCAAUAAAGACCCAGGGGGGGUGAAUGGGGCUCAAACACCAGCGUCUGACGCCAAAGAGUCCGAGACCAGCAGUGACACGGACAACAGUAAGAGAGCACACAACGCCUCGACUCGCCGCAAAUACCACCUGGUCAGAUACAGUAAGAAACCCAGUUACUGUGCCAACUCCUACUUGCCCUCCCGCCCGCAGAAAGAGGACAGCAAACCCACAGACCCCCGUAGCAGGGCCAGACACCUACAGAGCAUCUCUCUGAGACGGGGGAGGUGACCCUACCUGUAGCACACACACUUCUGUCUGUUCUGCACUGAUGAUGGAGUUGAGUGAUGCUAUUUCAACCCAAAAU